AUGGGCGUUUCCCGAAGAGCUGGGAGUCCGUCCAAUGAGAUUGUCGCCGAGCAGCAGUCCCAAGCCUCUCAAGACAAACAUGCCGGUGUUCAUCACGAAGUAUGGCGACUUCCAAAGAGUGGAGGCGGCGAUGUCGCGCAGACUCUGUUCAACUCUCCGGACGAAAUCGAUGAGCCCAUCGAUCCGGAGGAAGAGAGGAAAGUUGUGAGGAAGAUCGAUUACAUGAUCUUGCCGUAUCUGGCAGUCUGCUAUGUUUUCUUCUACGUCGACAAAACAACGCUCAGCUAUGCCGCCAUAUUCGGGAUACGAGAAGACCUGAACAUUGUCGGAACACAAUACAGCUGGCUUUCAUCGAUCUUCUACUUCGGGUUUCUUGCUUGGGCUAUCCCAACAAAUCUUCUGCUUCAGAGACUACCAGUGGCGAAGUAUCUUGGCUUCAACAUCUUCCUCUGGGGUUUCUUCCUGAUGCUACAAGCGGUCUCUCACAAUUUUGCCACGCUGGCUGCCCUAAGGGCUAUUUCUGGAGCAGCAGAGGCUGUCGCUGAUCCUGCCUUUAUGAUUGUGACCGGCAUGUGGUAUACCAGGCGGCAGCAGCCCAUCCGAUUUGGCAUUUGGUAUUCGGCCAAUGGCCUCGGCAUCGCUCUUGGUGGCCUGCUCGGAUACGGCAUUGGCAACAUCAAAGGAAGCCUCCCAUCAUGGAAGUUCGAAUUUCUGAUCAUUGGCGCGCUAUGUACGAUAUGGGGCGUCGUCAUAGCUGUUUUCCUCCCGGACUCUCCUGUCACGGCGAAGGGACUCAGUGCAAGGGAGAAACGCGUCGCCGUGGAACGACUGCGGGAAGACCAGACUGGCGUUGAGAACAAGACCUUCAAGUCGUACCAAGUCUGGGAGGCGUUCAAAGACUACAAGCUUUAUCUGUUCUUCCUCCUCGGUACGGUUUGCAAUUGCCCAAAUGGAGGCAUAUCGAACUUUGGAACGAUCAUCAUCAAGGGUUUCGGUUUCUCCACUUUGGUCACCACUCUCAUGCAGAUUCCAUACGGCGCCAUCAUCGCAAUCUCGAUCCUCUCCUGUGUCUUCUUGAACGACUACAUGGCCAGAAAUGGACGUCAAACACGUUGCUACUUCAUCAUUCUCUUCUUACUGCCAAACAUCGCCGGCGCAUUCGGGUUGAGGUUCCUGGCUUCGGAUAACAUGGCCGGCAGGUUGACUUGCUACUACCUGACCGGUCCGUACAACGCAGCUUUCGUCAUGAUCUUGAGCAUGACUACCGCGAACACUGCCGGUCAUACGAAGAAAGUCAUCACCAACGCUUUCCUUUUUUUGGGCUACUGCACCGGCAAUAUCAUUGGCCCGUUCUUCUACCUGAGCUCUCAGCAGCCAGAGUAUCCUCUUGGUAUUUGGAGUAUGAUCGUCAGUCAUUUGCUCGAACUUGUGAUCAUCAUCCUGCUGAGGUUUCUUUUGGCUCGGGAGAAUGCGAGAAGAGAUCGUUUACAGGGCUUGCAAGAAGGAGGAUUGAAAGGUCGAGAUCUGGGCUUGACUGCUUUCAGUGAUAUGACAGAUCGGGAGAACCUCAACUUCAGAUAUAUAUACUGAAGGAGAAAUGACUUCGUGACAGGGCAAGCCACAGUCUGCAGCGUUUGUGUUCUUGGAGAAGAGGAUGUACGACAUAGAU